AUGGAUCAGGAAGCUCAGCAUUCGCUACUGAAGAGAUCGACUUCGCUAUGGAGACGUUUCUCGACGAGGAGAGCAAAGGAGAGAGUAGAGAGAGCCGAAAACCAGCAGAAAGUGGACCACUCGACCGUCUCGCCGGGUCGAAACAGGCUUCAGAAACGCACUAUUGAGCUGCCCAGAAGAGCGCCAGGCGACGGAACCCAGGAUCACAACGACGGAAGCGAACCGCGCAAGGACUAUCGACAGAGUGACGGAGACAUAAAGUCAACGAUGACGAUGGGACACAUGCAACGCAUCCACGUCCCGAUACCCACCUCGCAUCUACUCACUCCCCCUCCAACGCCCUCCCCACCAUCGACCGCCUCUCGCCCUUCGGCAAUCUCUACCCCUUCAAGGACAAGUACCCGUGUCCUUGCCACAGACGUCCCCACAGCCCCGUUUCCCCGCUCUCCCGGAGUCCAGACCACACCCUGGAACGUCUUCCUCACUCCCGCCCAAGUUUACGCCCUCGUCCAAGGCUUCCGACCGGAAACUAUGGAGGAUAAAUGGUUCGUAUACAGCGAAGGGCCAGAUCAUUCCGGGAAGCUCAAAGUGCAUUUCCAUCGGAGUUGGACGGGGAUGAAAAUUGCAGAGUUGUUCGUUGUGAUUGAUUUGAGGGGGGAAGGGGCCGGGAAGAUUGUUGGGAUUAAGUGGGAUGCGGGGGAGAAGACGAAUGGGAUGGAUGUGGGCGAGGUGAAGUAUACGAUUGCGAUGGCUUGUAGGUGGGCCCUUGGAGUGAAUUUGGAGGGGGAGAUGGAAGGUUGA